ACGGUGCCGUCCCCGCGUGGGUUCUGACCGGCGACCGCUCCCGGAGCCCGGGGUCGCCCCGGCCCCGCCCCCUGCGCUCCCACUCCCCCCCCCCCCCGGUUCCGGCCGCCCGCGGCCAUGGAGUUCCCGGCCGCUCUCUUCCCCUCCUACUUCGGCACCGGCCCGCCCCGGGAGGAGGGGGCCCCCGCUCCGGCCGCCGGCUGGGGCGAGCACGGGCAGGUGCUGGGGGCCGGUCCCGGCCGCCGCCAGGCCGAGACGACGUUCGUGCCCCGCCGCGGCGGGACAGGCGAGAGCUGGGAACCCACCAACGCUGCCGCCGUGCCCGUCCUGCCUCCCAACGCGAGCUCCUGGGUCCCAUCCCUCGCACCUCAGGACAUCCUCUACCGCGGCAUCCUGCGCAGGAAGCUCCGGGCAGGCAAGUCUGGAGCCGCCCUGGACUUCACCAGACAGCUGGGCCACUUCUUUGUGGAUCACCCGGAAGAUGCGUUUGGUUCGCUGGGGCAGCUGCUGCACAAGAACUUCUACUUGGGCAACUCCAAGCUGAGGAGACAGGCCCGGGACAGCACCAUCCGGAUGACGGCCCUGAUGGAGGAAAUUGACCGUCUGGAGGCCAGGCGCGGCUGCCCCCGGCAGUACCUCACCUCCCGCCUGCGCUGGUUCUCCCACCUCUGCCGUGACUGGCUCUUCGAGGUGCCACUGGGGCUGCUGGCGGACUGUGUACACGAGGAGCUGCUGCUGCAGUGGGCCAGCCUGCUCUUCGAUGACAGCCCCACCGGGGGUGCGCUGGCCUGGUUGCCCCCCGAAGACGUGGGGGCACGCACAGGCCGCCUGGUGUACCCCGGAGGGCAGGCCAUGAACCACCUCUAUUUCCAGGAUGUGGUGCUGGAGGAGCUGCCCCGCGCCCGGGGCUCCCCGGCACAGUUUGAGCUCAACGGGCGCAUCCGGCAAGUGGCUGCUGCCCGGGCGGAUGGAGAAGAUUUUGUCGGCAUACGCUCGGACUAUCACUGCGGCGUUUGGAGGGUGCCAGGCAGGACGGGGGCAGCCCCCACCCCGCUGCAGGUCAUCCGCACCAGUGUGCCUGCCUCCUGCCUCACCGUCAGCCCUCACCUCCCCGGGGAGCUGGCUGUCUGCACCCAGAGCGGAACUGUCUACCUCUGGAGCGUCGAGACGGGGCUGCAGCGACUCCGCCACGACCCCCAGACUAUGUUUUUUCGGGAUCAUUCGCCCUGGCGCUGGAGCGAUUUCACUGCCCACCCACGGGUGCUGAGCUGUGCUGACCGCACUGGCCUGCAGUGCCUGGAUGCCCGGGCCCCCGAGAGAUGCCACUUCGACUUGUUCAAGGUGGGUGAGGAAGCCAGCUGCCAGCAGGGUGAGCGCGUGGUGCUGCCCAUGUACCUGGGCAAGGCUCACCCCUCCCAGCACCUUGUCACCACCCAGUUCUCUGUGUAUGUGCUGGAUGAGCGGUUGCCACUGGUGCCUGUGCUGAAGUGGGCACACAUGAUGAAAGCCCCCCCUCUCUUUGCCCACCUGACGCCGGGGGGCCCCGGGAGGAGCCACAAGGUGCUGCUUGGGGCAUCCCGCACCCAGGAGCUGCUGCUGCUGCAAUACCGGGGGGGCAGCCAGUCAGCCUGCCAGCUGGUGGGGCCUCCACAGAAGCUGCACAACAUCGCUGGCUGCCUGCAGCACCUGCCCACCCAGCUCCCGCACCGCCACCGCCUGCUCCAGCAGCGCCUCGGUGCCCCAGCUGCCGGGCUGGCUGCCGCGCUGCACGAGGACGGGCCACGGGAGUCCCUGCUGGUUUUCCAGCUCUCCGAGGCUGGGGAUGUCUUCUGCCAGAGGCUGACCCAUGAGGCAGCCCAGCCCCCUCCUCCCACCGUGGGGGACGAGGCUGUGGCAGCCCCUGGCUCUUCCCCUCUCUUCGAGGCUCCAGCCAGCAGCCCACCGGGCUCGGGCAGCGAGGAAGUAGAAGAGGAGGAGGAAGAGCAAACCUUCUAUUUGUCCAACCUGGAGGUGAUUAUCAAUGAGGAAGAGGAGGAGGAGGAGGAGGAGGAUGCAGGCAUGACAGUGGCUCCAGAGGAAGCCAAACUACCCCAGGAGCCUCGUGCCAGCCCCCAGCCCACCCUGGCAGUGCCCAGCCCAGCCGCAGCUCUGCGGUACCGCCGCUGGCUGAAAGCUCUUCCCAAAGUCUGCAGGGAGCGCCCCCGGCACGCCUGGCCCCCCACCCUUAGCCAGAAGCGCCUCUUCACCCGCAAAGAACUGGAGCCACCGGCGGUCCCCAGCACUCUGCACAGGCAGGCACGCCAGCGGCUGCGCCAGGCUAUGCGGGAAGGGGGCUGCAUCCAGCACUGGGACCCCCCAGCCUCACAACCCCCCGCCCUACCACAGCCACCGGAAUCGCCGGGGGGUCCGGACCCUCUGAGCGCCCGUCUGACGGCAUCCUGGUCCGGGGACUGGGGUCAGUGGUGGGAGGAGAGGAUGAGCUUCAACGUGGCACAGAGGCAGCGGGCGCUGCGGGAGCGGCGUCGGCGGCAGAAGCGAGCCCGUGGCCGACGCAGCCUUUCGGCCAGUUUCACCUCCUCCCUCACUUACCAGUCCGAGCUGUCGGAGCUGAGCGACGCGGCCCCCCCGCCGCUCUCCCCGGGCCCCCCCUCCGUGCUCCCCCGGGAGGGCUCCCCGCUGGGCGGCAGUCCCCCGGCAUCGCCGCUGCCCGACGAAGCCCUGCUCUCCUCCCAGAGCCUGCGCUGCCGCGGCAUCCCCAAGGAGCGGCGUAAGACGCUGCGGGACUACCUGGCGGUGUGGGCCGAGGGCCCCCCCGAGUCCCCGGAGCCCCCGGGCAGCCAGGCCAGCCAGCUCUGCAUCCCCUCCUCCCAGAGCCAGCUCUCCUCCGCCUCACAGCCCCGCCGCAAGCGCCCACGCAUGGGCUUCUGA